AUGGGGAAGGAGCAGGAGCUGCUAGAGGCGGCCCGCACUGGGAAUCUCGCCGCCGUUGAGAAGCUUCUGUCGGCGAGGCGCCAGUCGGCAGGGACCGGUAGUGGAUCUAGAUCCAGCCUACUCAGCCUGUGGCGCGGCCCCAGUGUGAACUGCGCAGACAGCACGGGCUACACCCCCCUCCACCACGCCGCACUCAACGGACAGAGUGAGGUGGUGCAGACGUUGCUAAGAAACGAGGCACUGACGAACAUUGCUGAUCAUAAGGGCUGUUCCCCACUGCACCUGGCAGCCUGGAAGGGGGAUCAGCGCAUCGUCCGUCUGCUGAUCCACCAAGGCCCGUCACUGCCCAAACUCAACGAGCAGAACAGCGAUAACGACACCCCGCUGCACUGCGCGGCUCAGUACGGCCACGCCGACGUAGUGCGCCUCCUGUUGGAGGAACAGGCCGACCCCACCACCCGAAACAACCGCCUGGAGACCCCCCUGGACCUGGCCGCCCUCUACGGCCGGCUGGAGGUGGUGCACCUCCUCCUGGCCUCCCACCCCGGCCUGCUGGCCUGCUGCGCCCCCACGCACACCCCCCUCCACCUGGCCGCUCGAAAUGGACACCUCCCGGUGGUGGAGGUCCUGCUGGAUGCUGGGAUGGACAUCAACUGUGAGACGGAGAAGGGGAGUGCGCUACACGAGGCAGCUCUGUUCGGCAAGACGGACGUGGUCCAGAAGCUCCUCAGCGCAGGAAUUGAUGCCAAUAUGGUGGACUCGAGGGGUCGCACUGCGCUGGACACAGUGAGGGAGGUGCCCUCCCGAAAGAGCAGAGAGAUCGCUGCGCUUAUCCGCGGUCAUGUGACAGGAAGUACCUAUGACAUGGAACUUCCACCGCCUCCCCCCUCCCCACCCUAUCAGGAUAGGUCCAGCCCCAGGAUAACAGGUAAGGUUUGGGCCUUCCCAGAAACAGAGCUGAAUGAGCAGUUCUCCAGGCCGGAGGAGGAGAACCCAUACGAGGCCCUGCUGGACCAGACCUCCUGCCACUCCCUGGACAGCCUGACCAGCGGGAGGUCCUCCGACCGGGAGUCAGGCCGCCCUGACAGCGAGGGAGGCAGGAAGGAGACUCACCCUCAUCCUCUACAACCGUCUCCAGACAGCCAGCAGGAAGUCAGCUCUGAGGCCGUGCGUGCUAACGGGAGCGUAGACCAGAGGGAGGUGAUGAUGGAGGAGGAAGGAGGAGAUCCCACCUACGAGCUCCUGCGGACCCCCAAAUCCAGAGCCCCCCUCUCUCGGCAGGACUCCGUGUCACAGACAGAUGAGGAUGAUGUCACCAUUCCUCCCCACAGUCUUCUACCUCAGAAUCAGAAUCCGUUGCCCCAGACCGCCCCAGGCAGGUCCCCUCCUCUCCUGAGGCAGGAGAAUGCUGAGGGAGCAGGACCGGGAGCUCAUGGAGAUCCCGCCAAUCCCGCCGGAGACCGGAGUACCAUCGGCAUCCCGGAACAGUUCGCUGGUCUUCUGCACGGAUCCUCCCCGGUGAUCGAGGGCAGGGAGGACCCCUUCCACACGUCGACGCGCCUGGCCCCGGGGGAUUCUGUCACAGGCCCUCCCGCCAUGUCGGCCCCCCUCCUGGACCGCGACCCCACCGCUAUCUACGCCACCGUGGUGCACUCCAGAGCUCGGGACGCCUGGGACCCCCCCGACGCCACGCCCGCCAGCAAGGCCCGGCCCCCGGGGGACCUGAUGCUGACCCGCAGCCUCUCCAAAUCGGACUCGGACCUGCUGGUGUCCCCCCCCGGGGAGGAGGAGGCGGGGGCCGGGCUGGGGGGCCGCAGCGAGUCGGUAUCCAACUGCAGCGGCGGGAAGAAGCACAUGGAGAGGUCCCCGUCUUUCACCUCCGAGUGGGACGAGGUAAGAACAGCGGCCCUCACAGGGGGCCGAGGGCCUGAUUGUCACUCUCCUCCUCAGAUUGAGAAGAUCAUGAACCUGAUUGGAGCUGGCAUCCAGUUCUCCCGGGAUCCUCCUGUCACCCCCACUGGGGCCUGUGGGCGGGGCCUGGACCAGCCCGUGGGCGAGUGGCUGGAUGGCGUGGGCGUGCCCCAGUACGAGAGCCGCCUGCUGCUCCAUGGAUUCGACGACCUCAGGUUCAUGGGUGGAGAUGUGAUGGAGGACCAGGACCUCCGUGAGAUUGGGAUCACCGACCCAGGACACAGGAAAAAGAUCCUACAUGCAGCACGUGCCCUGCCCAAGGUAAAGGCGCUGGGCUACGAUGGAAGCACCUCGCUGGCCUCCUGGCUGGACGGGCUCGGUCUGCAGGAGUACCUCCACAACUUCCUCUCCAGUGGCUACCGCACCCUGGACAGUGUGAAGAACUUGUGGGAGCUGGAGAUCGUUAAUGUGCUGAAGAUCGGGCUCCUGGGACACAGGAAGCGCAUCAUCGCCUCUCUAGCCGAGCGGCCCUAUGAGGAAGCGCCCGCCAAACCGCCCCGCCUCUCCCAGAUAAGAUGUCAGGAUCUGGCAUCUCAGAGGUCAUCCCCGAUCAGUCACAUGGACUCCUACCUGGGCCGCUCCAUGGACCCACUGCUUCCCAUGGGGGAUUCUGGGAGAUGGAGUGACAUGGACCAAGAGCACGAGGCGUCUAUCCGCCGGCCCCGCAGUGCUCGCCCCCGAUCUCACGACAGGCUGAUUGACCGGCAGAGGGAGCCCCGCCUAACGCUGAGACCCCCCAGCCACGCCGUGCCCUACGGCCCCACGCCCUCCUGGCAGCACCAGCCCGAGAAGCUCAUCUUCCAGUCCUGCGGCUACGAGGCCAGCUACCUGGGAUCGAUGCUCAUUAAGGAUCUGAGGGGCACGGACUCCACCCGAGAUGCCUGCGCCAAAAUGAGGAGGUCAACAGAGCAGAUGAGGAAGGUACCCAGCAUCGUUCUCUCCAUAACGUACAGAGGGGUGAAGUUCAUUGACGCAGGGGGUAAGAGUGUGAUUGCGGAGCAUGAGAUUCGGAACAUCUCCUGUGCAGCCCAGGACCCAGAUGACCUCUGCACCUUCGCCUACAUCACCAAGGACCUGCAGAGCAACCGGCACUACUGCCACGUCUUCAGCACAGUGGACAUGAACCUGACCUAUGAGAUCAUCCUGACUCUGGGACAGGCAUUUGAGGUGGCCUAUCAGCUGGCUCUCCAGGCCCAGAGGACCAGGCAACAAGUAAUUUCAUCAGGACCGGGGUCGGAGGUCAUCGAGACCAGGUUGAGCCGACCGAUGUCCAGUUCCCGGCGAUUGUCAGCGCUGGUGGACCCCCUGGAGCUUGAAGCAGACACACAGUCCCUGGGCAGUGCCACCUGGCUUUCGGAUCCGAGGGACUCUACCCAGCGCCCCAUCAACACCACCAACUCUCUCCUGUGUUCAAGUUUCCAGACACCAAGCUGUGAGUGCAAGGAGAGGGGGAUUUCUUGGAUUCUGUCUUGCUGGUGAAAUUUGUGUGCCUGGAGGGGGUGCGUUGGCGUGGGGGUGGAUGUUGCUGGAUUUAUGAGGUGACCCCCAUAAUAAGCCAAUCCAGCCUAAAAUACUUUUAUGCUCCCUUCCCACCACCUUGACCAAUCUGAAUUCACCCUCUCCUCCCAGCCUCUAGGGGUCAGUGUGGGAAAUAGGGUCAGCAUUAAAACCCAGGAGAGGAGUGGUAUUUUGUGGCCUCCAGCCUAAGUAGUUACAUCAGCCAGAUAAUGCGUUCGUUCAAAUCGCUCAUUUUCACUCCUUUCAUCUCUACUGUACCUUGCUUCCUUUUAUUGCUUCAUACUGUACAGUAGCUCCACCCAACGUAGGACUCAAAGAAGAGGUGCAAGGAUGAGACACGAGGAUGGAGGAAUCGAGGCAACAUGAAUUAGGCAAAUUGAAUGUCCUUGUUCAGUCAAUCAUCAGUUUGAAGCCAUGUCACUUACAGACACGGCUGAUGUGGAGAGGUGAAUCCACAAGUGGAUUAAAGGCUGCACUCGUGUUUCCUUGCUCCCACCUCCUCCUGCAUUCAAAUUAUUGCAAUGUCUAAAGAUGGCAGACUUUAAUCUAUUUCCGGGUCAGGCGAGGAACAAGGAGACAAGGAAGGAUAAAACAAGCAAUUGGAAUGGACCCAAUGAGUUGAGUGGCUGAAGUGACCGGAGUGAACACUCAUGUACUUUGUGGGAAGCUCGUCUUGGGAAAGACUCUUGAGUCACAACUUGAGGAGUUCAUCCAGGACAUCACUGUCAGGGUGAACAUCAUGGCAUGUCAUGGACGACUAAAAGAACGAAACAUGAAUAUUUAAGCAACACUGUAUGUCCCAACAAAACUGCUGGUUUAUUAUUUCUCUGUGUGAACCCUCAUGUUAAAUGUGUCCAUUCCAUCGGCAAGGCGUUUCUUAAGAGCUGUCCAUUUUAAUUAAACACAUUACACCUGUGCAGCUGCAACAAAAACAAGACCAGAAUGUAGUGUUCAGGUGCCUCAAACUUCAGUCUCAGGGGACCGCAGUCUCUGCUGUUUUUUGUUAUUUCCUUUCAAUCAACAGCCAAGUUAGACCUUGGAAACAAGGUGUGGAAAGUUUAAUCAAUCGAUGGCUUAAUUUAAGCACAUAUGUGCAGGAUAAAAACCAGCAGACACUGCAACCCUUGACUCAAGGAUUUGAGUGUGAGAUCCCUGGUAUUGGGGAUGUUAAUUUGUUCAUGCCAGUAGUGUCCAGAGGUAGAAAACCCAGGCCCAGAAGGUUAUCUCUUAUAUUUUGUUCCAAUCUCCUGGAUAUCUCAAUUCUUCAGCCAAGAGGUAGAACUAAUUAGUGAAAUCAGAUGGCUCAAUUGGGUGGAAGAAACACAUGGCAGGACUUUUACUUUCUGACUGCUGGACCUUCCACUUCUGGUAGCCUCAUACCCAUUGACCAGAGACAGCUCCAGACAUUAUUAUCUGAACUGUGAUAUAGUGAUAUACAGUCAGGUCCAUAAAUAUUUGGACAUUGAUAAAGUUAUUAUUUUAGCUGUCUACCACAGGAUAUUGGAGUAAAUAAUUGGACAAUCAUCGUUAUUUCAUUGGACAAUCAUCAUUUUAAUCAUAGAUUAAAUUUGAAUUUCUUUAUAUACUUGGUAUAUAACUUCCUGAUGUCUGUGACCAAUUAACAUCAUCUGUCUGGAUAUCAUAUUUUCAGGUCGUCCUACAAGCGAUAUUAAAACUUGAACUUUGAAUGGAUCUCUAUGGGAAUUGGGGGGUGGGGCUAGUUUCAGCUGUACAUUAUGUCCUGGAAAACAUUUGUUGGCUAAAUGGCUUUUAGUCAUCAAGGGUCCAAGAUAUCAAAUGAGCCUCGAACCAUCAUGCUGUUGUCAGAUAUGCAGUAGAUAUGGAUGGAUCACUUCAAGGGUUGUUUCUCCUUAAUAAUUGCCCUACUGAAACCAAUGGAAAAAUGUAUCAUAUUCAUUAUUUACUUCCAACACAAAUAUCUUGUGGUAGACAGCUAAAAUAACAAUAACUUUGUCAAUGUCCAAAUAUUUAUGGACCUGACUGUAGUAAUCAGAACAGGCUUGGGUGAUGAUUUUUAAGUCUUUUUACAGAAAUUAAGCAAUUGACAUCCCAGCAUGCUCGGGUUGUGUAUAAGAAUGCUUGGCACGCCUUUUUCCCUUUUAUUUUAUCUGUUAAGGCUCGGAGUGAUUGCAGUUGCUUUGAAAGAGGGGUGGCUGUUGGGGCAUGGUUAUCUGAUGACAUCAGUACUGAAGGCUGCUGACGUUCCUUGAGCAACAGUGGCUAGGUCUUGGGGGAAGAACUAGCAGAAAGGCAUACUCCUCAACCUUAAGUUUGACUUAAGAAGUGUUUAUUAAAAAUGCAACUGCACAAAUGAUCGUUUUACCUACAUCAAUCUAUAGAUAUUUGCCAAAAUUAAGGAAACACUUGAGUAGAUGAGGGGUAUAAUGUCUACUGAAAACACGUGCCUCUAUACUGAUGUGGCUUGAGUUAAGGAAGUAACAGGAAAACAAAAUGGUGCCUGGAAAUGCCUGCUGAAAUUGCCUCCAUGAAGUACCCUUUAAUCUUUUGAAAUGCCCUCUUGUUCCAUUUCCACUCAACUUGAAAUGUGUUCAAUUAUUAAUUGAAAUGUUUUCUUUGGUUUUUCCAUUCCCUGUACCAUUUCAAGAUCUUCUCUGUCCUUAUUGAAUGGUGCCUAGUUAUGGAAAACUGUUACUCUGUUAUAGAAACAACUGUUAAACUGUUGUUUCAAAUUGUGUGCUCAAAUUUGACUUUCUUCCUAAACACCCUGUCUUCUUGCUAUUGUCCAUGUGAAUAGCUUUUCUGUUGGAGUUUAACAGGAAGCUAUUCUAUCCUGCAUUAUAUGUAUUAUUGUCAGCAGUUUUACUUCCAAACUGUCAGAUACAUCCCCCAUCCCGAUUUCUGUUUCUUCUGCAAAUAUAACUUCUCUGAGAAAUACGUUUAUUAGGGUGCUUUGUGUAAAUGAGGAAGAGCAGAGGUCUCAAUUUCUGGAGCAUUCUGCUCCUAAUUUCUCUUAUCUUCCCCCUUUUUUGCUACCCCAAAGGCAAUUUUAUUGCACUUUGAGAAAUAAUUUGUUGUUCCUCUUCUAGUGGUUUAGUUUUGAGAGAUUCUGUAAAACUGUUUGUUUCAAAAUGCACCCCCUAAUUCUUAAAGAAUCAUGUUUCACAACAUCCAUCCUUUAUUGUAGUAUAAAACACUGUGUCGCUAAUGAAGCUGUACACAUAUGUAGCUGUCAACUCUUCCCUGCUGAAUCUCUUCACAGAUUAGCUAUUCAGUAUAUGCAAGAUUUUACUGUCAUAAAGCAAUAUAAUUUUCCUGUUGUAAAUGACCUUAACCUGUUCUCUAUGUUUAUUUAUAGAUUUUUUUCUCAAGUGUUUUCAAUUUCUCUUUUUUUAGCAAUAAUAACCAUUUAGCCACCCUGCAUCCCAUUUUAACAUUACCGUGUGUUCUUCAAUGGUAGUCAACUUAUUUCUCUGAGUGUUGUUUUUAUAUAUUAUGCAAAUGUUGCUUCUCCUGUCUUAAAGUCUUAUGGAAAAUGUGCUCAUACAGUUAACUUAUUUUUCUUUAAUUUUGGAAUGAAUUUAUGCUGUGUAUCAUAACAUUUUGUAUAUAUAUUUUUUAAUUAGCACAUAUUAUUCACAGUUCUUUAAGUUGUACCCAUUCUUCCUAAUGUUAUCUCUCAUCUGACUACAAGUGGCUUUUAAAUAGAUUUUGAGGAUGUGCUUUUGACUGGGCAAAUAUGUAAAACUAAUAUGUGAAUUUGUCAUGGCAAUUAUUCUCAGUCCAAUCAUAUCAGCUACAGUUACAGAGUUGUGUAAAAUGCAUACAUGGACAUGAACUUCCUAUUUUAGUGGAGGCAAUCAAUACAACUAAUUAGUAAUCAGUUUAAAUUUCCUCAAGCUAUUUUUAAAAUAGUCUGUGUCUUUUCCUUAAUGGUAAUUUAAGUCAGUAACACCAUCCCUCGGUUAUUACAUUACAUUACAGGCAUUUAGCAGACGCUCUUAUCCAGAGCGACGUACAAUAAAGUGCAAAUCUAGAGUCCUAGAGUGAUCAUGUCUUGUCAUGAAGUGCUGAUGUUGUCAUAUUGUGCUAGUGGCCUCAAGCAUAUUAACAUGAGAUGCCUCUGAUUCACCCCAGAAAUCAACUAUAUGAUUUAAUCUCCUCUUUUUUAGCUGUCAAAGGCAACGUAAAGUGACAAAACACAAUGAAAACAUGCUUUAACUUCAAUUAUACAGGCAGAAUCAUGACUGAGAAAAUCUUCCAUCAACUAUGUAAUAAAGACAGUUAUGAAAUUGGCAGGUAGAGGAAUGACAACUGACCAUUGAGAAGUUAGUGAAAGAAAUGAUGACUUAAUUUUUUAUUUUGUUAUUAAAUCCAUCAGCUUUAAAAUGACAUUAAAUUAAAAAAUAUAUAUAUGAAAUAUAUAAUAUAAUAUACUAUAAUAUAUAGUCCUAGACUAUAUAUGAAAAAAAAAAACCAUCAGAAAGUGAACUAUCCUCUUAAGGCCUGUUGUACACAGAAAUCUGCCCUAAGUGGCCUGGCUAUGAGACACUGAUUCCCUGAGCCAAUCAGAGAUGCAACGUGACCCUGUCCUAGUUAAGCCAGAGUGUUUGUCCUGCAGACUCAAGCCUACCCAAGCCAAGAUCAUUGGUCUGACACUGAGCUAUGGUCCACAGAUCUGCCCCCUGCAGCCCAGGAGUUAUCCAUACGCUCCAUCAGUUCUCUCACCUGGGUGUCAGCCUGGCUGCUGACCAGAUAAGACUCCCCUCCACGCUUGCACAUAUCACCAUCCACACCUUUAAUAACCAAAUCUCAUAUUAUUUUUAACUGAAAAUGACUAGCAUGAGGUAUGAAACUACAAUCUUUAAAAAAACACCCCUGAAAGUAUCUCUACUUCACCUAUUUCAAUGACAUGAGGACAUUACGACUGCUACUGAAUCCACAUGCCAUGUGUCUGUUUGAACCCCAAGCUGUUUGCUGUUUGUUACAGGUAAAAUAUAGGUAUCCUGUAUAGAAUACCUGUGAGGAUAAUUUAUCACCACAAAGACCAACAGCUAUUCCAUAUUGUAUUCAGUCAUUUCUGAGGUACUCUAGGGGUAUUCAAUCAACACAUACGUGCACUUUGCCUGGCUUGGGUCUGCUAUUUGCACUUUUGUGAGUUUCAAUGGGGUUGUUAACAGCACUAAUCUGCAAUGUGAAUCUGACCAUGAGCGAGGGGUUGUGAUGUCAUCCUUAUAAUGGUCUAUGUUUUGAUACUUGAAUGAUUCUGCUUUUAUGAAUAUGUAUAUUGUAUGUAUGUAUGACUGUUUGUAUUUGUUUAUUUCUGCCAUAUUUGUGGGAUUAAGAAUUGAGAGCGGGAAGAUUAAAGACUGUAACAUAUCAUGGUACCAACGUCUCCUCGUUCACAUAGUGGGGGGGAUAACAUCAGACCGAGAGAAUGACCUCAGGUUGACCUCACUACAAAAAAAAAUCAUGUAAAUAACCUCAAGCCUUUUUUAUUCUUUUUUCAUAAUUGUAAAACUAAUAAAUUAAAAAGAAAUGGUAACCCAA